GUACAUAUAUAUAUAUAUAUUGUUCCCAUUGCUGUGAGAAAGUGGAUACAAAGGAAUAUUUAUUUCUGAAUGCGCAGCAGUUUCGAGUUUUGAUUUUUCGAACUGUAAUUUUAAAAUUGAUUUGAGCUUCGUUGAAGACGGAACGAAAAUUCAAAAAUAUAUAGAACAAAAUUCUUGUGGAAAGACAUCAAUCGUUCAGAGUGCAGUGAAACUUUACAGAUUAAAAUUUAAUUUUUCCAGACAAUGAUCUUCAAAAUAUUGUUUCCACACAUAUGGCGGCUCUCGCAAUAAUUGCUCGUUGGCUAUUGCGUAGUCCUACAAUAAUAUUUGAACGCAAUUUUGCCAUCGAAUCCGUUUCACAUUUAAACGGUUUCCUGUUACUUAAACAAUUGCCCCGUGUUUCAACUGCUGCACAAUGCUCGCAUUUUAAUCAACAGGACAAAGUCACGUAUACCGUAAAUCGGAUCACUUUAUUAUAUGCGGAACGGGAUGAGAGAUUAUUACGACAAACAAGUGGACAAGAAGAAAAUAAUUCCGACUCAGAAAACGAAUAUGAAUGCGAGCGAGAAAAGCAUUAUUUAAAAUGCGGACAACGGGGUGAUUCAGAAUUUUGGCGCCGCAAAAUGUGUACGUUACACAGGGUUCUAGAUAUUAAUCGGGACGGGGUUAUAUCUUUUGAUGAUUUCGGGCUUUUGGUCAAACGUUUUACGGAUUUGGGUCAUUUGUCGCCCGAGAUGUCGGUUGAAUUUUUCAAUGUCGUGCGACUUACCUGGGAAGAACAAUUUGGCCCUAUAACAACUUACAAUCUAGUCACCGCCGAACAGUUUUUAAUUGAUAUGCAACACCGUUUAAAUGAUGAAGACUUGCGUAAGCAUUUGGGCAAAUUUUUAUUUUAUUUAUUCAAGGCUGUGGAUUACGAUCAUACUGGUCACUUGGAUCUCGAUCAGUAUAAAUUAUUCUUCCAUUGUUUGGGUCUGGGAGAUGAAAAUGCUGCCGUCUCUUUUGCCGCGAUUGAUAAGAAUGGUGACGGCCUCAUCUCACUAAACGAAUUUGUUCAUUUGGGCCGUCAGUUUUUCUUAACCGAAGAUGAAACAAAAAUUUCGAAAUUGUUUUGGGGUCCGCUAAUUAAUCAUUAACUUGAAAUAGGAUUGCUAUAUU